GACUUGUUUAAAAUCCCCGCUAAUUCCAUAUAGGCAUAUUACAAUACACACCCCCUAGACAGUCAAACACAACCAUAACCACGAGGCCAUCGAUCGUCAACAAUGGAUGACACCGUCGACUGGUCCAAUCUUCCGGUCGAACUCUGGCCACUGAUCGGAGAAAAGCUCAAAGUCCGCAUCGAUUCUCUCCGAUUCCGCAGCGUUUGCCAUUCAUGGCGUUCUUGUUUGCCUCGCUUCCACCCUUCACCUCCUCCGAAAUUCCCUCUCCCACUCUCCGAUGGACCCACCUCCUUCCUCUCCCAAAACACCGUCUACCUCCUCCAAACCCCCUCCACGUCAUCACUGGCGCCGUCGUCGUGUGGAGGUUGGCUGGUCAAGGUCGAAGAGUGCAACAGAAUGCUUCUUCGGAAUCCGAUCACCUCCCGGCGAAUCAGGUACUCAAACGACUCCUCGUCGUCGUUGUCGUCUCCGGAAUGUUUCAAUUUGCUGGAGUUUAGAAUGAUCGAAUUAGGGAAGUCGUAUUUUCUGAGAUACGUCCAGGGCUCUGGUUCUGUUGUGGGUUUGAAGAAAGUGAUUUUACUGCCUCCUGAGAUUGUUGAUUGUGCUAUUCUGGUUAUCUCUGAUAAAGGAAAUUUGGGUUUUGCUAAGAGUGGAGAUGAGAAACUCACACGGUUUUGUAAUGGAGGUUCUGUUUUUGAUGAUGUUAUUGUUUAUAAGGGUCAGCCAUACGUGGUGGAUAGCUUGGGUUGUGUUUUUAGGAUUGAUGUGUCUUCAGAAGCGAUGGUGAAGAUUUCGUCGAAAGUGGUUGGUUUUGGUGGGAGGAAGCAUUUGGUGGAGUCUUGUGGAGAGCUUUAUGUGGUCGAUAGGUAUUUUGAUCAAGAACAAAAUAAGCAACAAGGGACUGGCGUUGAGUUAGAUCCUUCUGUUUUUGUUCUUUGGCGUCGAUAUCAUUCUGGUGAACUCAAGGUUGUUGAUUUUAAGGUUUACAAGUUGGAACUGUUGGAUGGAGAGUUGGGCAGAUGGGUUGAAGUGAAGAGCUUGGGUGAUAGAGCCUUUUUCUUGGCUGUGGAUUGCUCUUUCUCUGUUUUGGCUCAAGAUUUAGCUGGGUACAAAGGGAAUUGCAUUUACUUUUCAAAUGAAAACAAUGUUAAUCUUGCUCUUAGAGAAGUAACUAGACCACAGAGUUUUGUGUUCAACUUAGAGGACCAUAGCAUUCAGAAGUUGGGAUCUUCCCCAGGUGGUUCCCAGAUAUUUUGGCCACCUCCAAUUGAGCUCGGCUCCACAUGUUCCUAUUCUCUGGAUUGAUGCAAUAGCAACACAUGCGGACUUGCAGACGGAACAUCCAAUCUUAAUAAUGUCAUAUUAUAGACUUGCUAGCAGUCGAGGUUAUUCUUCAGGUUCACGUUCAAUUGUGUAUUCACAUACAGUACCUGAUAGCAUUUAGCUUGCAGUAUUUUGAAGAAGUCUGGUUCGUCCAUCAACUUACUACACUCCUAUUCCGAAAAGAAUGAAUCAGAGUUGAACAUGGUAAGGACUGAGUGUCUUCAAGGGAUCGCCCGGGAUUACAACUUUGCCAUGAGGAACGAUUUUACUCUCCUAGAUACUAGUGGAAGACACUCUCGAUGAGUCAUUUGGAUUUCUAUCCCCUUGUGGCAAUGCAGUGAAGGCUUUUGACAAUGAAGGAGCAUAUUCAAAACCUUCGAUCUGUAGUGUUGGAAGACUGGAGAUUCUAGCAUCAAAAGUAUUGCUCGUACUUAAUUCUUUGGAGAAGAAGGCCAAGAAGAAUUUGCACUAUCUACAGGUGUUGCUCAAAAUGUUAGGAGAAUAAAGUGAUACCAUAAUUUAUUUCAGUCCCUCUUUUUGUUUUAUUCGAUGUUGUGAUAAACAAAAAGGCUAAUAGAUGGUCAUUGAUCAA